AUGGUGACCGGCAUUGGGAGCCCCCAACAAGGGGUCUCCAACGUGGCUAUGAGUGCUGACGUGCAGAAGAAGGGAGAUAACAGACGGAGUAACAAGCCUAUAAUGGAAAAAAGGCGUCGGGCGCGCAUCAAUAACUGCUUAAACGAAUUAAAGGCUCUUAUCCUUGAUGCGAUGAAGAAAGACCCGGCCCGUCAUUCGAAGCUCGAGAAAGCCGAUAUAUUAGAAAUGACAGUGAAACAUUUAGAAGGGCUGCGGUCGGAAGGGACUUCGCCAGAUAGAUUUAAGGCGGGCUACAGACAUUGUUUGUCUGAAGUAGCUAAAUUUCCAGGAUUAGAAUCUGGUUUAAAACGACGACUAGUUCGCCAUUUAGAAGGGUGCGUUAACACACCUGGCUCAAGACCGUUUGCAGCCCCAACACCUCCAUCGGAUGCUGAAGACGCAGUUGUUCCUCCACAACACUCUACAAUUUUUAUCUCUGCAGGUCCCGGUUCUGGAGUGCGAUUAGUUCCAACGAGAUUAUCCAAUGGUGAUAUCGCACUGGUACUGCCAGCCGGCGUUAAUGCGAGCACACUAGGUUCCGUACCUACUCUUGUACCUUUAUCUCCUAGAGAUAUUUCAUCGACAUCAUCAGAACCAAGAUGUUUUUCACCUGCUAGUUCUGGAUGGGGUACUCCCCCUCCUCCCAUCGAAGAACCUGCGCCCCUGGCUUUAGUAACCAGGAAACCACCAGAAGAAAAGCCUUGGCGACCUUGG